AUGGUGACCGUAUCUCGAUAUCAGCGCUGGUUCUCUUCAGAUGCGUUUGCGACCCUGGUGGUUGCAAGUGCAGUAUUUACGGACAACUUUGUGUAUGAUCUGGUCAUUCCAUUUUUGCCACAAAUGCUGAAAACCAGGCUGAGGAUUACAGCAGAUAAGACUCAACAGUGGACAUCGAUUUUACUAGCAACUUAUGGUGCUGCGUUCCUACUAUCCAAUUAUGUGGUGGGCUAUGCCACAGACAAAGUUCGCUCGAAGAAGGCCAUAUUUUUCUGGGGAAUAAUAUUCAUGAUCGCGGCUGUGCUCAUGUUUUUUCUCGGGCAGCAUAUUGCACUCACGGUAGCUGCUCGAGCUAUCCAAGGCAUAGCAGCCGGCUUUGUCUGGGUAUCUGGAUUUGCAUUCUUGACUUCUUAUCUCGACAGUUCAAAUGUAGGUCGAUGUAUGGGAUUUGUCUCUGCCGGUAUGGCCGCAGGUGAGAUUGCUGGACCAUUGAUCGGUGGUAUCCUGUACGAAUAUACAGGGUAUUACUCGGUAAUGGGGCUCGUACUGGGUAUACUAGGCUUUGACAUUGCUCUAAGAUUCUUUCUUCGAGACAAGCAUCCGCAAGUCGGUAGAGGAAAUAUCGGUUCCACUCAUGCAUCGCUCUCUGAUAUAGAAGCCACUGGUGAAAAUAGCACAUCAGCGGGACGAUCAAUGACGCCGGGCACAGAUGAGCCUGGCUUCCUCGGAAGCACCUCGAUGUCCUCAGACAUUUCUUCGAACGCCGUGCACAAGAGUUUUAAAGCCGGCCAAGCGAGACUAGACAGUUCUGGGAAAUUCUUGGACUUCUUCGCGGACCCUGACUUCCGUAUGCUGGCUACUAGCUUCUACGCAUACGCUGUCAACGCCAUUGUUCAGUUCACCUUGGAGUCUGUACUCGCUAUUUUCGUUCAGAGGUAUUUCGGCUGGGGUAGUACAGCAAGUGGUGGUGUCAUUUUCGCUCUGCUCGCUCCGACUCUUCUCUCGCCCAUGAUAGCACCCUACGUCGAAAGACAUGGGCCACGCUGGCUCAGCGUCAUCUUCUUCUGCGUUGACACAGUGGUAUUGAUCAUUCUGGGCUGGCUUAUACAUGCUAGAUACUUCGUCGAGGCAAGCAAAGGCUUCAAGGCAUUGUAUGUGGUCAUCGUUUCCAUUCUAGGCAUUUCUAUCGCGGUUCUGACGAGCUCCAAUCUGAUCUCCUUUUCGGUUGUUGCCAAACGUCGUGAGGAGAGAUUGAAACGGUCAGGUAAACAAAACAGUUCGACUGGUCAAUCGUUUGGCUGGCUCCAGAUUGCUUGGGCAUCAGGGAUGGUGCUUGGACCGUUGCUCUCGCUUGCAUUUCUUGACACGAUAGGAUGGUUGGCUCUGUGUAUUUUUCUUGCCGCGCUUUGUCUCGUCAGUGGUAUAUUUAUGGCGGCCACCUGGAAAGAAUGGGAUGUGUCUGUUGGAGGCUAAUUGUUGGGAUUUGGUCUGAGAUCUGAAGUAAAGUCGAGCUGUCUAGGAUGCAGGCGUUCAGAGGAUUAAAUAGCAG